AUGGUCAACAUCACCUACGACGACUCCGGCUCCACCAUCGCCACCCUUCCCGAUGGUACUACCGCGCUCUACGACGCCGGAGACAUCGCCUGGGUCCUCGCCUCCACUGCCCUGGUCUGGCUCAUGAUCCCCGGCGUCGGUUUCUUCUACUCGGGCCUGCUCCGGAGGAAAAACGCGUUGUCGAUGAUUUGGGCAUCCAUGAUGACUCUCGCCGUUGUCUCCUUCCAGUGGUUCUUUUGGGGUUACUCGCUAGCCUUCAGUGACACCGCGAACGCAUACAUCGGUAACCUCAAGUACUUCGGUCUCAAGGGCGUUCUCGAUCAGCCCUCGAUCGGCAGCGCGCGUAUCCCCGCCAUUGCCUUCUGCGUCUUCCAGCUCAUGUUCGCUGCCAUCACGUACGUCCUUCAAUCAUUCACAUCGUUCCCGUGGCCGCCUCGGCCCAUCAUGGUUUUCGUCUUCGUUUGGUCCACCAUCGUCUACGACCCCAUUGCCUGCUGGACCUGGAACUCCAACGGCUGGUCUUUCCUCCUCGGUGGACUCGACUUCGCCGGCGGAACGCCCGUCCACAUCUCGUCCGGUACCGCCGCCCUUGCCAUCUCCAUCUACCUCGGCAAGCGCCGUGGCUAUGGUACUGAACGCCUUGCCUACAAGCCCCACAACACCACCUACGUUGUCCUCGGCACGGUCUUCCUCUGGUUCGGUUGGUUCGGGUUCAACGGUGGUUCGGCCCUCGCUGCCAACAUGCGCGCCGUCCAGGCCUGCAUUGUCACCAACCUCGCUGCUUCCGUCGGUGGCCUUACUUGGAUGCUCUGGGACUACCGUCUCGAGCGCAAGUGGUCCGCCGUCGGCUUCUGCUCUGGUGCCAUCGCCGGUCUCGUCGCCAUUACCCCCGGAUCUGGUUUCGUCGGCUCCCCCGCUGCCGUCCUCUUCGGCGUGCUUGCCGGCACGCUCUGCAACUUCGCGACGCAGCUCAAGUUCGUCUUUGGCUAUGACGACUGCCUUGACAUCUUCGCGUCGCACGCCGUUGGCGGCGUCGUGGCUAGCUUCGACGGUGGCCUCGCGCCCAUCGCCGGUGGCUGGCUCGACCACCACUACAUCCAGCUCGGCUACCAGACGAUCAUCCUCUGGAUCAUGCACUUCAUCCCCGGCCUCCGCCUCCGUGCGACGGAGGAGGCCGAGAUCCUCGGCAUCGACGACGCCGAGAUGGGCGAGUUCGCGUACGACUACGUCGGCAUCGACCUCGGCCACGGGCACGACUUCCACGACGACACGCACUCGCACGGCGUGGGCGCGCUCACCGCGGGUGGCCGCGAGCCCCGCAUCACGCCCGAAGUCGAGCUCGGAGGAGGGCGAGAAGGUGUCGGAGCCGGCCGCCUCGGCGUCAUGAGCUCCCCCUUCGUCUCCAUGUUCUAUCCAGCCUAA